AUGAGUAAUUCAUUGAUGGGCAAUAUGUUGGUCGAAACUGUAAUGGAGAGGGCCUUGAAAGACAAGAUGAAAGAAUAGUAGGCCAAGUAAUAGGAAGAGGAGAGAAGGAGAGCAGCAAGAAGACAAUACGAAGAAGAGGACGAGGAUGAUUGUGAUGAUGAAGAUUUGAAAGAGAUGUUGAAGAAGAUGAGAGAACAAAGAGCCAAAGAAUUGCAAGAGGCCAUGCUCAAAAAGAAUAAGGGAUUUGGAGAAUAUAGAGAAAUAGUUGAGGAAGAAUUCUUACCAUCUGUUACUAAAUCUGAAUUCAGUGUUGUUCAUUUCUUCCAUCGUGAUUUUGAAAGAUGCAAAAUCAUGGACAAACAUCUCUAAGCAAUAUCAUAAUAACAUCCUGAGACCAAAUUCUAUUGUUUGAAUGCAGAAAAGGCACCCUUUUUUGUAGGCAAACUACAAAUACAAGUUCUACCAACAGUAUGCUUAUUUGUGAAUGGAGUCUUAAAAAACAGAAUUGUAGGGUUCGAAGAUAUGGGAGGUAAGGACACCUUCGAAACUGGCACUUUAGCACACAUACUUUUAAGAUAUGGCAUGAUCAAGGUUAGAAAGAAUAGUAAAGAUGACGACUCUUCAGAUGAAGAUAAGUGA